UGUGUACCAUUUUCGAACAGAGCAACAAUUCAGAUCUAACUCCAAAACCCAGAAACCUCAAGCUUUGUUUCUUCCAGUUCGGGCAUCAGCUGUCAAUGGGAUUAGCUUAGCUUAACAUUCAGUGACCAAUGUCAAACUCAAUUAUAAACAAAAGGGUGCGGGUGCCUUGUCUACCCUCCCCGGCCAAGAUUAAUUUCAACUUGAGCAAGAUACAGAGGAUUAAGAAGCCUGAGUCCAACAAGGUGGACCGAAUCAGCGCCCUACCAGAUGAAAUUCUUGUGAAUAUAGUUGCCUUCUUGCCACUAGAUGAAGCACAGGCUACGAGUAUCCUUUCUAGGCGAUGGCGUUAUAUCUGGAAGUCUGUGUUGGAGAAUACUAUGACUCUCAACUUUGAUGCUGAGAAACAUUUGUCCAAUUUUGCAUCCCGGGAAGAGUUGGCAAUUCGUUGGUAUGUCGAUUGGGUGGAUACAGUGUUGAACCAGUAUACAGGCCGAAAAAUGAAGCAGUUCAGGGUUUGUUAUGAUUUGGACAGCACGUUUUCAAGGUCGAUUGAUGAAUGGAUUCAUUUUGCAAUGACAAAAGGAGUUGAAAUGCUUGAGUUAGACUUAUUAGAAUAUGGUGUUACUGGCCGUUUGGAGUUUCCAAUUUAUACAUUUCCCCACAGACUUUUAGGCAUUGUGAAAGAAUCUGCUUGGAAGGACAUCUGUUCUGAUGUUCCUAGGCUAAGUCCUUGUGCAUGCAUUGGCUUUAAGUCCCUCAAAGUUCUUAGUUUGAAAUGUGUUGAUGUGGAUGGACAAGUUCUUGAGUACAUGUUUUCUAAUUGUCCAGUUCUUGAACGAUUAUCACUAGGUUAUUCCUCGAGCUUGGUUAGUCUAAGAGUUGUUGGUCCAUCAAUUGCAUUGAAGUACUUAGAAAUACGAGGAUGUGCUAGACUUGAGAGCAUUGAGAUCUGUGACACAAACCUUGUUUCUUUUGUUUAUUACGGAAAUGAGAUACACUUGAUAGUUAGAAAUGUACCACUCCUUGUUGAGGUAUCAAUUUGUGAGUCUUGUAGUAAUGAUUACAUACAGGUUGCGUUCACCCAACUCUCAUGCUGUCUCUCUCAACUAGAGAUUCUCAAACUAAUUGAUGUCAUACUGCCCUACAAGAGGAAUCCUGUAUUUCCUAUAUUCACAAAUCUCAAGCAUUUGGAAUUAAGAUUUUAUGAAGAUGAUGAUUGCAUUCUUCUUCAUUUAACUUCUUUCAUCAAGGCAUCCCCUUGCUUGCACAACCUUGUGCUGGAGUUGUACCCUUUAACAUGCCGAAGAGAAAUAGAAUUUAGAAAAGCUGCCAAAUGCUCCCAUGAUUACCUAAAGGUAGUGGAAAUAUUUGGAUAUCAUGGACGCAAAAGUGAUUGUGAACUGGUCAAGUUCUUGACAGAGAUUGCUGUUAAUUUGGAGAAAAUUGUUACUGAUCCUGCUCAUCCUGCUGAACGACAUUACUGUUAUCCUAAACACAGACGAAAGCCGGAUAUUGAAGUCGUGGCAAGGGCUGAACAGUCAAGUUAUGAUUAUGCUACCAUAGUAAAGAAAAAAUUCCUUCGACUUGGGAAUUGAUUGUGUUGGAAAAUGCAGUGGUGCACUUGCUUAAGUUAUCUAAAGACAGGCAAUCAUCGGAUACUAAGGUGUACAUUAUUGAUGUAUAUAAAGCUCAAAUUGUGGUUCUGUAUUAGUCAGAAAGUCAAGGUUUUACUUGGAUUACUGCUCAUGGGUCUCCGACUUGGGGUUUUGUACUUAUAUGCUGCAAGGGAGCUCUCCCGUGUAUGCUUAUCUCCUGACUGGCAUAUUUUAUGCUGAGAGAAGAGUGGAGUAUUGAUUAUAUGAUGGUCCAUUGUCUGGUGGCUUUCUCCAUCCGGGGAAGGGUUUCAUGCUUGACAAGAAAAGGCUCAACUUUCAAGGGCUUUGGUUGGGAAGAAGGCAAAGUUUCUUUGGGGUGUAGUCUGGUGACUGUUACAUGGGUGAUUCCAAUGUAAAGAAUCUGGAGGUUGCUUGAAGAAUAAUAGAAACUUGGGCUGGAGGAAUUAUCGGAAUGAGUUGGAAUCCGUUUCAAAUGACGCUGGAGCCUGGAGGUUUGGCUCGGUGUGUUAUAACUUAUGUGGGUGAUUUUUGUCUAAAUGCAAAUGCUGCUGCUAGUUAGCAAGCAAUUUGUAGCUAUUUUAUUAUUUUACUCUGAUUGACAACUUGUUCAGCAUCUUGUAUACUAGGUAUACUCCCGCGCAA